CGAGAGAGAGAGUGUGUUUUUGCAGAUGAUCAUGGCAAAGAAGGUGGGGCUAGGGCAUUGGCUACUGUUGAUGCAAGUGCAAUAUCAUUGCUUAUAUGGAGCAUUAACAGCGGCGACCUCGGUGCAAGAGAAGGCGGAGGUGGCGAUCCCAACCACGGCGAUGUCCCCUCCGGAGGGCAAUAUGACUUUCCUCGGCGGCACGACGUGGUGCGUGGCCCUUUCGGGCGUCCCCCAGGCCGACCUCCAGAGCGCGCUGGACUGGGCCUGCGGGCUCGGGAUGGCUGACUGCAAGCCGAUCAGAGACGGUGGGGCGUGCUUCCAGCCCGACACGCUCGUCUCCCACGCCUCGUUCGCGUUCAACAACUACUACCAGCAGAACGGCAACUCAGACAUCGCGUGCAACUUUGGCGGGACCGCCGUGCUCACUAAAACCGAUCCCAGUUACGGAAAAUGUGUCUACGCCGCGUCCAGCUUGGCCUCGUCCGCGCCGCAACGGCCCGAGCACGAUUGGGGCCUUUUCGGGUACGGAUUAGCAGGGAUUUUGCUGACGUUCUUGUUGAGAAGCCCACGUUCCCUGCUGCUGUGAGAUCUCAGACGAAGCUGCAAAAGAUUACAUUGAACUUGAACUGCUUAAGGGUGGCAAUGUUGGAUCAGUGACUCGG